AUGUCCUCCAUCGAGCCAGUCGUCGUCAUUGACGGCAAGGGACACCUUCUUGGUCGCCUGGCCAGCACUGUCGCCAAGCAGCUGCUGAACGGUCAGAAGAUCGUCGUCGUCAGAUGCGAGGCCCUUAACAUCUCCGGCGAGUUCUUCCGCGCGAAGUUGAAGUACCAUGCCUACCUUCGCAAGAUGACUCGCUUCAACCCCACUCGCGGAGGUCCCUUCCACUUCCGUGCUCCUUCCCGCAUCUUCUACAAGGCCGUCCGUGGUAUGAUGCCCCACAAGACCGCCCGUGGUGCCGCCGCCAUGGAGAGACUCAAGGUCUUCGAGGGUGUUCCUCCCCCGUAUGACAAGAAGAAGCGUGUGGUUGUUCCCCAGGCCCUCCGUGUGCUCAGACUCCGACCCGGCCGCAAGUACUGCACCGUCGGCAGACUCAGCCACGAGGUUGGCUGGAAGUACCAGGAUGUUGUUGCCAGACUCGAGGAGCGGAGAAAGGUUAAGAGUGCUGCAUACUACGAGCGCAAGAAGGCCGCUCGCCGCCAGCUCGCCCAGGCCCAGAAGACGGCCAGCGUUGACGCCAAGACCAAGACCCAGCUCGCCGAACCCGCCGAGGCAAUCGUCCACAUCACUGCGAACAAUAUCGUGCUACGACGGACGUACCUGGAGACCGCGGACCGGGCGAGAGGAUUGGCUUAUUAUCUCCGUAAACGUGGGUAUGGACGCGUAGGAAUUCUGUGUCCGAAUACACCGGCGUUUCUGGAGUCGAUCUUUGGUAUUGCAGCAGCGGGGGCAGUGAAUGUUGCUGUGAAUUAUCGUCUCAAAGAGGAUGAUAUUGCGUACAUCUUUGCGCAUGCGGACGUCGAUGCGAUCAUCGUGGACCAGGAAUUUCUAACCUUGCUCGAGACGUAUCGGAAAACGAAACCGGGGGUCCCCCUCAUUGUCGACACAGACACGGACGCCACGGAGGGCGAACUAACGGGUCCGUUCGAUGAUGCGGUUUUGGAAGGAUUGAGGUAUGAUCGUGAGAUGGGAGGCCAGGGCUGGACCGGGCUCCAGAUACACCCGGAGGAUGAGAACGCGGUCAUCGCACUGGCGUAUACGAGUGGGACAACGGCAAAGCCCAAGGGCGUUGAGUUUGCGCAUCGGGGGUGUUACCUUGCAGCAAUGGCGAACUUGGUCGAGUCAGGUCUCCAUCGUGACAAGGGGCGGUGUCGCUAUUUAUGGACUUUGCCCAUGUUCCAUGCAAUGGGAUGGACAUUCCCCUGGGCUGUCACGGCUGUGCGAGGAACACAUUACUGUAUUCGCAAGAUCGACUAUCCACAGAUCUGGCAACUGCUGAAAGAGGAGAGGAUCACGCAUUUCAACGCUGCGCCGACGGUCAACACCUUGCUGUGCAAUGCGAGCGAAGCAGAGCGACUCCCCGAUCCGGUCCGGGUGACAGUGGCCGCGAGCCCGCCCACGCCUCGUCUGUUUGAGCAGAUGACGGAGUUGAAUCUCCACCCGGUGCAUGUCUACGGCAUGACUGAGACGUAUGGCCCGAUCACCAAGGGCUACCAGUUGCCCGAGUGGGAUUGCCUCCCCUUGAAAGAGAAGUACCAGCGGAUGGCUCGCCAGGGACACGGCUUCAUCACCAGUCUCCCAGUGCGUGUGAUUAAGACCGGUGUCGCCGAGGGUACCAUCAUCGACGUCCAACGCGAUGGAAGCGAGAUCGGUGAGAUCGUCUUCGUCGGCAACAUCUGCGCACGGGGUUACUACAAGGACCCGGAGGCGACCCGCAAGUUGUUCGCAGGGGGAGUCCUCCACUCUGGCGACCUGGCUGUCUGGUAUCCAGACGGGGCGGUCCAGAUUCUUGACCGGGCUAAGGACAUCAUCAUCAGCGGCGGCGAAAAUAUCUCCUCGGUCGCGCUGGAAUCUAUGCUCGCCACACAUCCAGACAUUCUCGAAGCCGGGGUAGUCGCCGUCCCUGAUUCUCACUGGGGAGAGCGGCCGAAAGCCUUCAUCACCGUCAAGGCCGGCCGGCAGCUUUCCGGCAGCGACGUCAUCGAAUGGGCGCGGCACGAGAGCACCAUCAGCAAAUUCAUGGUCCCCCGUGAGGUCGAGAUCAUCUCCGAGUUACCCAAAACCAGUACGGGCAAGAUUAGGAAGAAUGUUCUUCGUGAAUGGGUCAAAGGUGUGCGAAGUGGUGGUUAG